CUUCGCGUUCAAACGUAAUUUCCGGCUUUUGUAGAGUAGAAUACUUAAUUUUUGUUUUAAGUUACUAUAUUUCAAUUAUAAGUUCAUACAUAUAUUUUAUAUCAAUUUUGAUUAAGUUCUCUAAUGCAUUGUAAUUCAAGAUGUUCUUAUUCAUAAAUUAACAUAAAAAAGCAAUCAAAUGAAAUUUUUACUUAAUUUAAGUAUUUUUAAAUUUUAUAUCAUAAGUGUUCUAGUCUCAUCGUAUACAGUUCCCGAUGCGACUGUAGAAAUUAUAAAGCCAAAAGGAUUUCGACUUUCAUUACCAAACGAAAAUGGCAUCAGUGAGGUGUCUUUCAAUGUCAAAAUUAAUCAAAGGAUAAACCUCUACCAACCUGGAGACUUUGCUGCCAUAAUCAAAGAACGUACAAAUGAUGUUUGGGCUUUUGAUAAUAUCAACACCAUAGUUAAGCCUGGCGAUGAAAUCAACUAUUGGGUACAUGUUCGAUUUGGAAAUGGAAAAAAUCUUCGUGAAGUUGGAAUCGUCCCAGUUACGUCCAAAUCUGUUGAAAUUUUAAAUUUUUGUCCAGAAAAAUCCCAAGAAUGUGCAGCAUCGAGUGAUAAACUGGAAUGCAAACUAUCUGCAACUACAGUUGGUGGCAAACAAGUGUGCAAAGAUGAAUUAAUAUUCGAGGAUAACUUUGAGACAUUAGAUUGGACUAAAUGGAGUCGAGAAAUACGAAUACCACAAUCAUCAGAUGAUGGGCAAUUCGUGAUGUUUCUUGAUAAACCAAAAAACUGUCACGUGAAGAAUGGACAACUGCAUAUAAUUCCAAGUUUGUCAUCAGAAGUGCUCGGCAAAGAUGUUAAACGCAUUAGGAAUGGAGAAUACAACCUGGGAGCACAAUGUACAGCUAUUCUAGAUAAAUCACAAGAAUGUCGAAAAAAGGCUCAAUUCUAUCAAAUCCUCCCACCAGUUGUGUCGGCUAGGAUCAAUACAAAGCACUCGUUUAGUUUUCGGUAUGGAAGAGUUGAAGUCAAAGCGAAGCUCCCCAAAGGCGAUUGGCUAUUUCCAUUGAUGUUGCUUGAGCCUCUGGAAAAUUACUAUGGAGUAAAAAACUACAUGUCAGGACAGAUUAGAAUUGCAUUCAACCGAGGGAACAAUAUUCUUCUAGAUGGCAACUAUACUGACAUUUCUAACAAAUGGAUAUUUGGUGGUGUUGUGAUGUCUAACUUGGAAAAAUAUCGCAAUCAGUUUUUACGUGGAACAAAGAUUGAUUUGGAUCUAAGUGCAGAUUUUCAUAUAUAUUCCUUAACAUGGAUGGAGGAUCAGUUUAUUUUGGCCAUAGAUGGAAAAGUAUACAGUCAAAACUUCAUAGUGGACUUUUCUAAGUGGAUGGAAAAAAUUCAUGGUCAAACUAGAGUGACAUCCAAAAUGGCACCAUUCGAUAAAGAGUUUUAUCUUGCUUUUGGAGUUGCAGCAGGAGGACACUCUGAUUUUCCUGAUUACUGUAAAAGUGGCAUUGAUAGAAUAUCGAAGCCUUGGAAAAACGGAGAUCCCAAAGCGGAAUUGUUCUUUUGGAAAGAUGUCGAUAGUUGGUCAAAAACAUGGGUUAGUGAUGCUAGUGGCCUCCAUAUUGAUUAUGUGAGAGUUUAUGCAUUGUGAAAUAAAAUGAAAUGAAAACAAACGUUCUCAAGGAUUAAAAUUUAGAAAA